AUGGGCUCACAUAGCGCACACGAUCCGGGUAUGACAGGUUCAACCUCAAUAUCAGCCCUUGCCCUUGUUCUUGAGACCCUGUUCAGCUACUCAACUUCAUGGGUCUUUCCAUACUCUUAUUUCCUAUCCCUACUACUGAGUAAUGAGGAAAACUCAGCGAGAAGAGCAGAGCGGCCCCACGAUCUUAUGGGAACCAAUCAAGCCAAAAUGGGGAUAGAGGUGCCGCGCCGGCCUCGCGAGCCUCAGACACUUCCGUGGUCCGGCCCAGGGGACCCACCGGGCCGUCACUUGUCGCGCCGUUCUCACUCUUACUUCGCUCUUUUCUCCCUCACUCCCUAG